AUGCCACGACCUCGGCGGCCGUUCUCCAAAGCGAGACCUCGCAAAGAACUGCUCGCGCAGAUACAAAGGGCACAGAGAAUGCGCGAGAUGGAGGGACAGGCCGUACAAGAGGAGCACGUCGCCAUCACAAUAGCAGCAGAGGACCCACUACCACCUCCUCCGCCUCGAGCGCGACCAUUCUCGAAAGCCCGCCCGCGAAAGGAGUUGCUGGCGCAAAUACAAAGGGCCCAAGAGAUGCGCCAUCUGGAACAACAAGAGAACAUACCGCCUGUGGAGUCCGUCGAAGAGCAACUGAAUAAGCGCACAACUUUUGACAAGUUCGUGGACCAGCUUGAUGAAGAGGGCAGAGUGCCUAAGGCGUCUCAUCCUCAAUCGGCCCUGGAAGCUCUGUUGAAUGAGGAAGGGCGGGAGUACAAUGAUAGUACCAUUGCCUCUCUCGAAAACAUCAUUCAUCCGGUCAUGGACACGCCGCCGCAGUCACAAGGAACUGAAGACCCGGCCACAAAUGAGACGACACCCGCUCCUUCGAGGAGGCAUCGAUCAGAAGAGAUAGUGCACGAAGAUGUGCUGGCAAGUCUGAGCAAGCAGCUUUACACGACCCAAUCCACUAUCAAAGAUGCCAACCGAGGGUUACGUCGGAUUUCCAACAAGAUUGAAGGCUCCAGUCCUUCGAAGGCUGAUCUCGCACCCAGGGUUGAGGAACCGCCCGCUGCAAUCAAGAAUGAACCUCCUGUUGAGGUUGUCCCCCAGCCAAAGGAUGUACCAAAGGCCGAGACUGCUGUGAAGAAGACCACUGAGCGAAAUCUCGAAAGACGCACGGAUCCAAAGAUUGCGUCUAAAACGAAGAAUCCACCACCCGACACUGUCGCACGACAAAAGAUCACACCUCAAGUCGAUGUGUCAAUCCCUACGGUCGACUCAUCAAACCUUGAUCACAACGGCAAGACAAUCUGCACGCAUUGUGGUGGUCGAUACGCUUCUGUCUGGAGAGCGCUCUGGGUCGAAUUUCGCGAGAACUUCUACACGUACGAUCCCAAAAGCAGGUUCCACAUACACAUGACCCGGCUGGGCUGGAUAACGGCCGCCUUUCUCAUGUGGUUGAUCAUCGAAAGCUCCCUUUGCUUGACUUGGUGCAGCACUACUUAUGGCCCUAUGAUGCCGUUUGUCACACACUAUGUGAUUCUUGAACCUUUCCGGCCGUAUGUAAAGCCAUACUGGCGAUUCCUGGGCUGGGUACUGGAUACCAUCUUUAAUUUGGAAAACGGUGAAGUGCCGGGCGGUAGAAGCGUUCCAUCCCAUACACUCGCUGCGGCGGCGGCUACAGCACGGGCGACGAAACGAGUGGUUAGGAGCGCGGUGGACGCUGUCGACGAGAUGGGCAGCAUGUGGAAUGAUGAGUUCAUAUGA